GUGUAACGUUUUUGGUGUGAAAAAUAUCAUUUUGUCUUAAAUCGUACGACUCGCAUAAACGACGCGCCAUACGACGAGCGUGACACCACCGCGUCCCAAACCUCUUUAUAUCUCUACAAGCAGUGCAACUCUUCACACGUGAGCAAGAACGUAUGGUUGGCCUCCGCCAUACCCACACCACUCUAUUCUCAUCAGUACAGUACCUACCAGAUGACGCACUAUCACUACCGUUGGAUCCUUCAAUACUUCCAGUCCGACCAUGGUAGCACCACUUGCUUCCUCUUCCUCCUCCUCCUUUCUCCACCCUGGGUCGCCGCACAGACAUACAAUUCACCACCACGAGAGGACACUAAGAUUAGAGUAAGCCCAGCGAUGACGAUCGUAAUCAUCUGCCUCAUGACCACCUUUCUAAUCAUGGCCUGCGUCUCCGUCUACAUCCGCCACUGCGUCCAGCACCGCAUGGCCCACAACUUCACCCUCGAGUCCGACGGCGUCGGAGCCAGCCGCCGCUCCCGCAGGCGCGCUUCUUCCCGCGGCCUCGACCCUGCUCUAAUCGACUCCUUCCCUAUCUUCUUCUACUCCGAGGUCAGUGGGCUCAAGAUAGGCAAGUGUGGCCUAGAAUGCGCCGUCUGCUUAAACGAGUUCGAACACGACGAGACUCUCCGGUUACUCCCCAGUUGCAGCCACGUCUUCCACCCCGAAUGCAUCGACGCCUGGUUGUCUUCCCACAUCACCUGCCCGGUUUGCCGGGCCAACCUCGUCCCAAAACCCGACGAAACUCGGGGUUUUGUACUGAGUCACGACACGGGACGCGAGUCACCUCACAUUCAUGAUGAUAAUUUGGAUGGAAUUGAUGAUAAUUUCAUCGUAUCCGUACACUCUCCGGAGGUUAUUAAUCCUAUUGAGAUGCCAAGUCGGAAUUGUUCGACUCGGUCGACUCCGAGGAAGGAGCGAGUGGAGGGAAAGCUUCUGAGGUCGUACUCGACCGGGGACUGGCUGGUUCGACCGGGCGAGGACUUUGAGCGGUUCACACUGAGGUUACCGGAGGAGGUGAAGAACCGGUUGGUGAGCUCAAGCUUAAGCCGGACCAAGAGUUGCUUGGCGUUCCCGAGGGCGAGUAGUGGGAGGAAAGGUUAUAGGACUAGCAGUGGAGGAACCGGUCGGGGAAGGAACUUUUUUUUCGAGCGGUUCGACCGAGAUGGGAGACCGGACCGAUGGGGCCUUGCUGUUACGCCGCCGUUUUUUUCUCGGGCCGAUUCGGCCCGAUCGCCCAAGGCGGUUGGAAGUGGUGGUGGCGGCGGCGAAGAGUCGAACACGGUACCAAAGACUUUGUUCAAGUCGUAACGUCGCCGUUACAUCGGUUGCUUGGAGGAAUGGAGAGUAACAAGGCGAGUGUUAACGGUGGAGAACGGUCGUUUGAUAGACUCAGACUCGAUGGUCAAGUUUUGGCUGACUGGUAGAUAGUUUUUGUGUGCUGGUUUCACAUUUCAGAAUAGUAUAAGGACAUGUUUGAUUGGACGGAUUAGAGUAUGUGAUUGAGAUUAUUAAUUUGUAGGUCUAAUUAUUCUAUAUUUGUUUUAAUUUA